GAUAAGAUUUUCUUCAUUCAACUUGCACACUUCUCAGUGGCAAGACGUGAUCGUCAUCAUUCAAUUCGUCCCGUCCACGAAACUGUUUUUGUCCAAAAGUAACGCGUUUAUUUAAUAUCUGGUUACUGAAUUUAAUUCUCACGGAUUGCGGAUUAUUCGCGGUUCGCGUGUGCCGUUUGAUCGUUUAAGGAGUUCUCUCGUUCUCUUAUGUGUCAGAAAGUGUUUUGAAGUGUGUGCAGAAGAUGCUGAGUUCGAUGGUGGCAAUGUUUUGAAAAGGCUUCCCCCACAUUCACACCCACUCAGUAGUGUGUACGCGUGCCAGUCGUUGGGCUUCCUUGUCUGGCGAUCGUCGUUCGAGUUUAGUGAUCGACUCCCAUUUUAAGUGAUCUACUACAGUCACUGCACGCAUCGCACUUGUUGUUGGCGCGUUGCGGAAGUGCGCAGACGCACACUUGUUCGUUUUUAUAAUAAUCAAGGAUAUUAAGAAAUUUUUGCGCGAAGCUGUCAGGCUAUAAGUGUUUCUUUUGGUGGAAAAUAAAUUUAAAAAUGGUGGAAGUUAAAGCUCGCACAGUACUCUGGUACAUGGCUUUCAUCGGGUUCGCGGUGAAUUACAUGAUUCGCAUCAAUCUAAAUAUAACAAUUGUGGAAAUGAUAGCCAAUAAACCGUUAUUAGCGCCCACAACCACCCCCACGGAAGCGCCGCUGUUAACGAACUUCACACAAAGCUUACUAGUCGAUAGCAACAACAACAGCAACACCAACAGUAUUUACGCGAAUAUCAGUAGUAACAGUGUAGCAGUGAUCGCGUCUAAUCGCAGCGACGAAGUGUCAUUAGCGCUCGUGCAAGAGCAACGUUAUUCGUGGGAGAAGCACUUGCUCAAUUCGUUGGGGAUUCAUUACGACGCCGAGGGUUUCGACUGGAAUGAGUAUCAGCAGGGACUGGUUUUGGGCUCAUUUUAUUGGUUUCAUUGGAUUACGCAAAUUCCCGGUGGUAUUUUGGCCAAAAAGUAUGGCACGAAAUUGGUCUUCGGUCUAUCGAAUGCCGUUGGUUGUUGGAUCUGUUUCGUGAUACCACUAGCGGCCUAUUGGAAUUAUCAAGUGCUCAUAUGGUUGCGUAUACUACAAGGUCUUGUGACGGGCUUAUCGUGGCCAGCUAUGCAUCACAUGACGGCCAAAUGGAUACCACCAAAUGAGCGUAGCAAAUUCGUCACCGCUUAUUUGGGUAGUUCGGUAGGCGUUGCUGCAUUUUAUCCCGUAUUCGGUUAUAUUAUGCAUUGGACUUCAUGGGAAUGGGUAUAUCUGGUGUGUGGUGUCAUUGGUACUGCUUGGUGGUUUUGUUGGCUCUACUUUGUCUACAAUACACCAGCGGAACAUCCACGUAUUAAUAUCUCUGAGCAGCGUUAUAUUGAAAAGUCGCUGGGCGCUUCGGUGCAUGCCGAUGUGGGUCCGACACCUUGGCGACGCAUACUCACCUCACGUGCUGUCUGGAUGAAUGUGAUCGCACAGUGGGGCGGUAUUUGGGGUCUAUUCACGAUGAUGACACAAGCGCCGACAUACUUCCGUGUUGUGCAUCAGUGGAAUAUACGCGCGACCGGUAUACUCUCUGGCUUGCCACAUUUAAUGCGUAUGCUUUUCGCUCUGGCUUUCUCCAUGUUUGCCGACUAUUUGUUGCGUUCGGAUAAAAUUAAACGCACGAAUUUGCGAAAAUUGGCAACAGCGAUUUGUUGCGUUGUGAAUGGCUCGAUGGUCUUUUGUCUGGCCUGGUUCGGUCAUAAUGCGCUGGCCGCGAUUGUUUUCCUCACACUAGCCUUAAUGUUCCAUGGCGCAGUGUCCUCGGGUCCUCUAGCCUCCAUUGUGGAUAUGUCGCCCAACUAUGCGGGUAUAGUUUUGGGUAUUAGCGGUAUGAUUGGUGUGCUACCCGGUUUUAUAUCAUCUUAUUUGGUGGGCAUAAUGACGUUGGGCAAUCAAACAAUUGAGGCCUGGCGCAAUGUGUUUCUGCUCUGUUCGGGCAUGUUGGUUGGCAGUGGCGUACUCUACGUAUUCUUUGCCGAUUCAACGCUACAAGACUGGAACUCACCAAAACGUGCUUUGGUUAUCGACCCGAAGGAGUUGGAAUCCUUGCAAACGAAGGUCACAAGCGAGAACGAGAAGCAAAGUAAUGAUGCGGAGAAGAACUCUGACUGCAAAAGUGCGCGCACAGUACUCUGGUACAUGGCUUUCAUCGGUUUCGCUGUGAACUAUAUGAAUCGCGUUAGUUUAAAUAUAACAAUUGUAGAAAUGAUAGCCAAAAAACCUCUAUUAACCGCCAGCAAUAUAACAGAAGCACUACUGUUAACGAACUACUCACAAAGCAUACUAUUAGAUAGCAACAACAACAGCAACAUCAACAGUAUUCAUGCGAAUAUUAGUAGCAACAGUGUAGCAGCGAUCGCGUCUAAUCGCAGCGCCGAAGUGUUAUUAGCGAUCGUGCAAGAGCAACGUUAUUCGUGGGAGAAGCACUUGCUCCAUUCGUUGGGGAUCCAUUACGACACCGAGGGUUUCGACUGGAAUGAGUAUCAGCAGGGAUUGGUUUUGGGCUCAUUCUUUUGGUUACUUUGGGUCAUGCAAAUUCCCGGUGGUAUUUUGGCCAAAAAGUAUGGCACUAAAUUGGUUUUCGGUCUAUCGAAUGCAGUAGGUUGCUGGAUUUGUUUGCUCAUACCAUUAGCGGCCUAUUGGAAUUAUCAGGUGCUCAUAUGGUUACGUAUACUACAAGGUCUAGUGAUGGGUUUAGCGUGGCCAGCUAUGCAUCACAUGACCGGCAAAUGGAUACCACCAAAUGAGCGCAGCAAAUUCGUCACCGCCUAUUUGGGCAGUUCGGUAGGUGUCGCUGUAUUCUAUCCAGUAUUCGGUUAUAUUAUGCAUUGGACCUCAUGGGAAUGGGUAUAUCUGGUGUGUGGUGUCAUUGGUACUGCUUGGUGGUUUUGUUGGCUCUACUUUGUCUACGAUACGCCGGCGGAGCAUCCACGUAUCAAUAUCUCGGAACAACGUUAUAUUGAGAAGUCACUGGGCGCUUCGGUGCAUGCCGAUGUGGGUCCGACACCUUGGCGACGCAUACUCACCUCACGUGCUGUCUGGAUGAAUGUGAUCGCACAGUGGGGCGGUAUUUGGGGUCUCUUUACGAUGAUGACACAAGCGCCGACAUACUUCCGUGUCGUGCAUCAUUCGAAUAUACGCGCGACCGGUAUACUUUCGGGCUUGCCACAUUUGAUGCGUAUGCUCUUUGCUUUGGCUUUCUCCAUUUUUGCGGACUACUUACUACGUACGGAUAAAAUUAAGCGUACGAAUUUGCGAAAAUUGGCAACAGUGAUUUAUUGCAUUGUGAAUGGCUUGAUGGUCUUUUGUCUGGCCUGGUUCGGCUAUAAUGAGUUGGCAGCAAUAGUUUUCCUUACGCUAGCUUUAAUGUUUCAUGGCGCAGUGUCUUCGGGUCCGCUAGCCGCUAUUGUGGAUAUGUCGCCCAAUUAUGCGGGUAUAGUUUUGGGUAUUAGCGGUAUGAUUGGUGUGUUACCCGGUUUUAUAUCAUCUUAUUUGGUGGGCAUAAUGACGUUGGGCAAUCAAACAAUUGAGGCCUGGCGCAAUGUGUUUCUGCUCUGUUCGGGCAUGUUGGUUGGCAGUGGCGUACUCUACGUAUUCUUUGCCGAUUCAACGCUACAAGACUGGAAUUCACCGAAACGCGCCUUAGCUAUCGAUCCAAAGGAGUUGGAAUCCUUACAUACGAAGGUCACAAACGAGAACGAGGAACAAAGUAAUGAACAAGAGAAAACCUCUGACUGUAGAAGUGUAAGCUAAGGCAACUUAGCUGGGCUCAGCUAUUUUUGGUUGAAUUUAUUUAGUAGUAUUUUGUAAAAUUAAGAAAUUGCCUUAUUGUAUUAGUAAAAUCAAAUAAAAUGUAUAAUUAAAAAACACUACUAAUGGAGCGACGUAAUGUUAAAAUGAAUUAAAACGUUCUACUUUUGUACAAAGACCUCA